AUGGAGUUUCUCACGCUCGUUGGCAUAUUUGCGGGUUUGGUUUCGACCAUCAAGGAGCAUUACAACGACAUGCAAUCCAACAAGAAGAAGAGUGAGCGGCUCAAAGGGCGCGUUGACACGUUGGAGCUCAUAGUCAAAGAAAUGCGAAACCGCUAUGGAAAAGAGGCGCCAGAGAGAAUCAACAGAGCUUUGGCAGGCGUCAAUGCUGAACUCAACAGAGUGGCUGCCCUGUUCAAGGAUAUCAGAGAGCAGAACAGAGUGCAAAGGAUGGUUGAAGCACCAAACAUAAGCAGAAAAUUCCAGGAUAUAGGCAUGAGUCUCGACUAUGCUGUCAAUGUCCUGGAUCUUGCCCAAAAUUGGCAUCAUUCCCGCAAGUUUGAAGAGUUCCAAGGGCAAGCGUUGGAGCUGAUGGAGACUGUAAAUGUGAAGGCGGAUCUAAUUUUGGAGAAACUCACUUUACGGAGCGACACCGGUGAACAGCAGCUUGACAACAAUGAGGGGGAGCUGAGAUACAACCAAGACAUGAUGGAAUUCCUGCAGGAUCAGCUGGAGAAGAUCGACCUUGUGCUGUCGUCAAAAGAAUAUGGACAGCUGUUGCUACGGAUAGAGAGGAAUGAGAUGUCGAAAGAGGAGCGAGCAAAGUGGCAGGAGUCCACAAGAAAUCUGGCACACACCCGGAAGCUUGGUUACCUGCUGAUCAGGCGACACAAGCAACCCUUCAGCCUCACGACAUUUUACAAGGUUUUUGAGGCAAGGGAAGCCGUGCAGAUGAUAUGUGGAAUGCUGCAAACGUUUGUGAGAGACUGGUGCUUCCCUUCGGUGGAAAUCCAGAAUGUUGUGCCCCCGGACAGAGUUCGCAGAGAUAAGUCCAGGCUGGUUGGAUACCUCACCUAUGUCUUGUAUGGUGAGGUGUGCGCCUUCAAGAGCGACCAUCAAAAGGAAGAGUGGAUGGGGCUCAAGUCACGCAUACAGGGAUGGUUCGAUUUGCUGCCGAUGGCUGUGCAGCAUGGGGAUCUGGAGUUGGGAGAGUGCAUUGAUAGCAUGGUGUACAAAGGCACAAGGAAGGGAUCGCCUGUGGCAGUGAAGCGAUUGGCAAAAGUGGACGACCCUGCAACUCUGGAUCUUGAAGACUUUGCGGAAUUCUUCACAACAAUUGUUGCAUUGGCCAAGAUCAGGUCGAAGGAACAUGUUGUGGACAUCAUUGGUGCCACUGAGACAGGAAUGAUACUGAUGGAAUUGGGGUAUACUGACCUGUUGAGAUGGUUGGACAGCCACCACUCAGAGGGGCUAGCCACAAAGUUGGGCCUGUUGCUGCAGGCUGCCAAAGGUCUGCAGGUUGUUCACGAGCACAGGUUUGUGCACCGUGCUGUACGCACCAGAAAAUUUGUGCUCUUUGGGGAUAAGGCAUGUCCAACAGUGAAAGUUGCUGGCUUUGGUCUGGCAAUUGUUAGACACGAAGGUGAGGCCAGCGAGACGUUCCGAACCUACAUCAACAAGGAUAGAGACACCGCAUGGGUUGCUCCUGAGAUCUUCACAGGGAAGGCAUACACAACCGCAUCUGACAUCUACAGCUUUGGCAUAGUGCUGUACCACGUUGUGGGGGGUCUCUAUCCGUAUGGGAGGAGCACUCCGACAGCAGAAGUGAUGAAAAGGGUGAGAAACGGAGAGCUUCCAAGUCUUCCCAAUGGCAUGGAGCUGCCUGAGAGGUUGUCAACGCUGAUGCAGAAAUGCUGCUCCACCGAGCCCACCCAGAGGCCAGUGAGUAUGCAGGAAGUCUAUGAUGAUCUCAAGGCAGUCUACGAUGGUCUGAAGAAUUGUCCAUGA